AUGGAUCGCAGUGUUUUGGUGACACGACUUCAUGACAGAGGGUUUCAGACGGUCGAGCCCCUGAAGUGCGCCGGCCACGCGUGUAUCUUCCGCGUCCGUGAGACAGAGGAGGCAGAGACCGAAGCUUUCGUUGCAAAGGUCGUGUGCCUCAGUGGUUUGGAUGCGCAGGGGCAGGCUGGAGCCCAACAGGAGGUGAGCCUGCUGAAAGGCCUCUCAGCGCAUCCGAACUUGAUCGCCUACAAACAGAGCUUCUUGGAAGACGGCGGCCUGCUCUUCAUUGUCAUGUCGCUGGCAGAGGAUGGGGAUCUGUGCCGCGUCGUCCGGGAGGCGCAGGUGGCGAAGCGGAUGCUUCCCGAGACCAUGGUCCUCACGUGGCUCCGUCAGACCUUGCUGGGACUCGAGCACUUGCACCAACAGGGCGUCGUGCAUCGGGACCUGAAGAGUUCCAACAUUUUUCUCUGCGAGGGGCGGCGGCGCAUUCGAAUCGGUGAUUUUGGUAUUUCUACAGUUCUUCAAAGCACCGCCUAUGCUUCUUCCUGCGUUGGGACCCCUGCGUACAUGUCGCCGGAGCUCAUGAGGAAUGAGCGCUACGACUUCCACGUGGACAUGUGGGCCUUGGGCUGUAUCUGCUUCGAGCUUUGCUGCCUUGACCUGCCCUUUGCAGCAAGUUCACUCCUCCAGCUCGCCAUGCAAGUCAUGGACUCCGAGCCGGCAUGGGACAAGCUGGAGGGUCGAAGUGAGCAGCUCAUUUACGUGAACCAUUGGCUACUCCAGAAGGACGUGAAGAACAGGCCCACUGCGAGCCGCGUUUUGGAGGAAUCCCUCUUCGCAGAGGGAGGCGCCGCAGACGUGGGACCCUCCGAGGAGGAGUGGUUGUCCCUGUCGGUGCCCGAAAUGUUCAGCAGUACUGAGAAGAGAAGGGCGCAGAUGAUGACCGCCAGCACCGCGGCCUUGUCUGGCUCUGACACACACAGUUGGAUGACAACAGCACAUCAUGGAGAGUACUCCCCCCCAAGUGACACGGCUUCCGUGUCUGUGGCAGGCAUGGAGGCAUCAGCAACUAACAGUUACAGCUUCAUGCAGCAAUCUCGAGAUGAGAGGCGCACUGUAAUGGACGAACUCGCGCAGCUGAUGAACACGCAGCAGAGAACACUUAUCGAGCAGCUCAAAGAAGUUCACCGGUCUGGAUCGCUCGGCAAUGGUGAGUCUUACGAGACUUGCUCUCAGCCCUCCACAUCUUGCGGGCCGGACACGCCAGUCCCGGGCGAAUGCAUUCCAGGGAGUAACGCGGCGGAGACGGUCAUGUGA